GCUAUACGAAUGAAUGCUGUCCUGCGGCAAGGUGAAGAUGGCUCCAAGAUUUGCAGCCGUUGCCGAGAGGCUUUCGGGUUUUUCUUCAACACAGGAGAACUCUGCCCCCAGUGUAAAUGUAAAGUGUGUAAGAAAUGUCGAGAGUACACACCUAAAGGGCGACUGGGUCUGUAUUCUGUGUUACAAACAGAGGCAGCUGAAAGCACUAACAGGGGAAUGGCUGACCCCUAUGUCAGCUGAAGGGGAAGAGAAUGACAAUGUCAAAAUGUCAGCCGCAGAUCUGGUGCGGGAAUCCAUCAGUGGCAGGAACAGUCAGGCUUCUGAUACAGAAGAUGGCAGUUACCAUGCCGAUGGCAAUAGCGCAGGAUCGAGGCCCAAACAGCCGCCUCUAGCUUUCGAUGAUUCCACCUACAGGGCUCACUCAGACCUGCCCGAUGUUGAUGAUCUCAUUGCUAAAUCAAAAGCCCGGAUACAGCAUUCCCCACUGAGUAGCAUGACCUCCUCCCCCACCCCGUCCAGCAUGGGUCAGAGGCUUUUAGACCUUGCUAACAGCGCUGAGAACUCCGACGCAGAUGAUCUUCAGAACAUAGAUGAUCUGGAACAGGAUUUUGAAGAUGAACAUGAAGACUACGAUGACGAAGAAGGGUUCUCAGAAGAGAACUUGACAGAUGAAGAAGGCUAUUGGGAGAAAGAUUCAGAAAAAAUACCUGCAAUCUAUGCCAUUGAGUACUCUGGACCAGAGGAUGCAUCCGAUAUUCUUAGCGUCAUCUCGGAAGACACUGAACCAAGCCAGGAUGAAGGUAGUGAUAUCGACUUUGAAAAAAUGUACAAAAGGGCAAAGGCAGAGGAGGAGAGUGUGAAUGGUGAGGCUGCUACUACAGACACUGAAAUAGAUUCUAUUAUAGAGGAAAUGUCAGAGGCAUCUUUAGAAAAGCCUUCCGUAACGUUUGUCCCUGAAGACAUUGAGGACUCUGAAGGGAAAGAAUACGCUCAUCCUGGAGAUAUCAUUGAUGAAGGUGAUGUGGAAAAUGGAGGGAGUGAGAGUGAUUCCGGAUCCACUGUUGUGGGCAUCAGCUAUGCUGGGAUUGAAGCAGGCAGAAUGGAGGAUCUGUCAGAUGAAGAUCUUUGUCCAGUACCGGUCAGUGACCUUGACUCUGUGGAGGAUCCUGCAGGAUUGCAGGAAGUUGUUCAGAAGAGUUCUGUUCUUACUAAUAACAACUGGGAUCAACAGGUGAGCCUGCCUGCAAAGGAUUCCACUCGAACCUUGAACAACUCCAAAAAGGAUGCUUCCUAUAACAGUGAGGUUCUUCAGAAGAGUUCUGUUUUUACAAAUGACAACUGGGAUCAACAGGUGAGCCUGCCAGCAAAGGAUUCCACUCAAACCCUGAACAACUCCGAAAAGGAUGCUUCCAAUAACAGUGUUAAGAUAGGUGAUCAUGUGCAGCCCAGUUCUUUUGAUGAUGAGAUGAAUUUCUUCUGCUCACCAGUGAUAUCACAGGAUUUUCAUUCUUCAGGAGAACAAAGUCCAGAAAGAGAGAAGGAACAUGUAAUACGACCAGCUAAUGUGGCUAAAAUGAACUCCAGACCAAGGAGGAAAGACUUUGGAAGCCCAAAGAGAACCAGAACAGACAGACUAGAGCCUACUCACCCAGUAACUUCUGAUUCUGCUGUGAGUUAUAUGCCAAAGCCCAAUGAAAAAGACACCAAGGUUCAGAAUUUGGCCGAGGUCAAAGUUACUGAGUCAUCAAAUAAACUUUUGCAUAGUAAUGAAAGCUGGAUGCUUGAACCUGCAGAAGUGAAUUUGGUGUCCAUGAAAGCUAUUCCAGAAUCUGAGAAGCAUUCUCACCAGGAGUUUUCAGCAAAGUCAGAGAAAGAUGAUCAUCCCCCAGAAAUCAUCCAAGAAGACGUCCAUAUUCAAAGUAUCAAAGAUAAACCUUCCAGUCAUAGUAACAUUUUGACUGUUACAAAAGAUCUAAAGCAGAUUCAGCAGUCAGGUGGUGGAAAUGCUCCCAAAGAUGUGAAAACUUCCUCAAAUGAAUUGGCUGAGCUCUCUGUUGAAGAAGAAAAGCUUAUCCAACGAUUGCUAUCAGACUUGGAUGUCGACCUUGACAACCUGGCUGAGGAGACACACAGCAAUGUGGACACACCUGCAGAAUUGCGUGAACAUGUAGACCAGUCCGAGGAUACACACAGCAGUGUAGACCAUUCUGAAAAUACACACAGCAAUAUAGACCAUUCUGAGGAUACACACAACAGUAUAGACCAUUCUGAAGAUACACACAGCAGUGUAGACCAUUCUGAUGAUACACACAACAGUAUAGACCAUUCUGAAGAAACACACAGCAGUGUAGACCAUUCUGAUGAUACACACAACAGUAUAGACCAUUCCGAUGAUACACACAGCAGUGUCAACUAUUCUGAAGAAACACACAGCAGUGUAGACCAUUCAGAGAAUGCACACAGUAAUCUACAUCUGGCUGAGAGUAUAGGCAAUAGUGCAAAACUAGAUGAGAAAGCACACAUCAGCGUAGACCUGUUGGAGGAUAGCAGUGUAGCCCUUGCUGUGAAAGCGGACAGCAGUGUAGGCUCACCUGCUGCACACAAUGACAUACACAAGCUUGAAUAUACAGAUGACAUGGAGUCAAAAAACAUGAAAAAUUUGGAUGGAAACAGGAACCUCCGGGACAUGCCAUCAGCUGAGCAGCAUUCUCACCUCAUUUUGAAUCAUCUACCUAAAGAACAUGCUGUGGAAGAUUCCUUGGAUAAGACAGAAGACCGCACAGUGUCUCAGUCUGAGAACCACGAAUUAAAGAAGGAAACUUCACACAGGACAGCUGAAGAUACUCAGGUUCAUGUGUUGCCUGAAACUCAGGUGUUAGAGAAAAGCACUGUAGAUGUGCAUUCAGCAGCUGGAGCUGGUGUAUUGUUGGAAGUUACAACACAAGACAAUUUGCAAUUGCCUGAUGAAGUGCAGAUGGACGCAUUGCAAGGUAAAGAGCUAGAACCUUCUGAAGUUCAGAAGCUGAAAUUUGUCGCUGAAGAUCCAAAAAGGGCCAAAAUCCACACUACUGAGCAAGAAACAAAAUCUGAGAAAAUACUGCACGAUGCAAAAAUAGCCACAACCACACAGGUCUCAGAAAGUCUGAAGACAGAACAAACUGUGGGUGGUGAGGAUAAACAAGAUACCUGUGAAACCACAAGAGCAGACCAAGUGGGAGUAAUUAGUAAAGUUACUGGAAUGGUGGACUCACAACCAAGUGUAGUCACUGCUGAUGAGGAUAAGUGUGAAGCCAAUAUUCCAGAGAAAGCAAAGGAGGAAAGACCGGGAUCUUCAAAGGAGGCAACUGCGGGAAGUUUGGAACUAGAAUCUGUUCCCGUGGCAAAGGAUUUGCAUCAGUCUUUGGAAACUUCUGAAAUUGAGACUGUAGAGAUGGAAGGUCAUGAACUGAACAUGAAAGCCUCCUUGACUGAAGAGUCUGUGUCUCAAGGUGAUAGUCUCAUUACAACAGAUUCUCAAAGGUCAUUGGUAGAGUCAGAAACAGUUUCUCCUGUCACCAAAACUGAGUUGUCUCAAAGUGAUAAAGCUGAAACAGUUACUGACAGUUCCAAACCAGAGGCAGUGUCAUUGGAGAGUACAACAUCAGAAAAACUGUCUACAGACACAAUAGUUGUAGAGGUUGGAAGUGGUAAUCGGAAAACAGUUUCUGAAAGUUCCAAACUACAUGCAGUGCCAUUUGAGAGUAACACACCAGAAAAACAGCCUUCAGACACAAAAGUUGUAGAGGCUAGAAGUGACAAUGUAGAAACAUUUCCUGAAAGACCUAAGCCAAAGACAAAGCCUCAGAAUGAUGAAGAAGAAACAUCUGGUGCCAGUACUAAACUUGCGACAGUCACGUUGCAAACUGAACUACAAAAUGUUCCUGCAAAGAAAGAUGCCCAGAGCAAACUUGAAGUUGAAGUAAUUGAACAAUCACCUCAGUUAUCUUUUCAAAGUGACCUGAGCAGUAUCGAUGGAACAUUAAAAAAAGACAUUGCAUAUUCUGAGAGUGAACAAAGUGAACAUGGAAGUGUCACACCAACAAAGAAGCCUCGGUCACACAAGAGCAAAAAGGCCAAAGAUCGAAGAGUGACAUUUCAGGAUGAAGGGCUUAAUGACAUAUUAACGAGUACCCCGCAGCCUAAACCACGCAGUAGAAUUAAGCACAGUAAAAUGGAUACAGAUGAUGUGAAGAUGGGCACAGAUACAUCUCCUGCAUCUCAGAUAGCACAGUCUCUUAAUGAAAAACCCACAGAUGACCAACGUGAAGUUGUGGACAGUUCAGUUCAAUCAGAGAAGCCGAGUGAGCCUGAGCGGAAGAAACCACCAAGGAAAUCUGGGAAGAAGACUAAAAGGAAGAUGGACGUUAACCAGAAUUUUAAGUUUGUGGUGCCUGAGGAUGUGCUAACGCCUGAAACCUUAGUGCGUAAAAGAUCUCAGCUGAAGAAUACCAGCUGGGGAAAAGAUUUACUAGACCAGCCUUCGGACACAGUAGAAAACAGUUUUGAGGAGACGAAAGCUAAAAUUACCAGUCCUAUAAAUUCUGAGGAAGAGUUAAGCCAGCCAGGUACAUCAGCAUCCUUGGUUGCCUCUGACCACACAGAUGCCUCUAGUGUCCAGGAAGACAGUGGGAAUAUCACAGCCACAUCACAGGGGAGCUCAACCGUGCCUUCAAUCAAUGUCCUCUCCGCUGAAGGAGAUGAGGUGGAUGAAAAAGUGGCAGAGGUGGCAGAACCCACUCCCCAGCACAAACCCCCAAGCAGCACUUUCCAUCAAACUUUCGGAAGUUUAUUUUCGUCCCUUGGUGGAAGUAGGGAAAGUAUCGCCAGCUAUUACAGCCAAGCAGGGGGAGGUACUUAUGGUGUGGUCAAGGUCAAAGGCAGCAUACAGUUUGCAGUGGACUACAAGCACAAGGUGGGCUCUCUGGAGAUCAUAGUAAAACAGUGCACAGAAAUAGCAGCUGUGGAUGAGAAGAAACAGCGCUCAGACCCGUAUGUAAAGACGUACUUGUUACCAGAUAGAACCAGAACAGGCAAGAGGAAAACUGGCAUUAGGAAGAACACGCUGGAGCCAGUGUUUAAUGAAACAUUAUGUUAUAACCUGACAAAGAGUGAACUGAGCAACCGUACUUUGUGGCUCAGUGUCUGGCACCAUGACAGGAUGGGACAUAAUGUCUUCCUGGGAGAAGUCACCCUGCCACUGACUUAUUACACCUUCAGUAAUCUGCCACAGUGGUAUAAUCUGCAGGACAGGGAGGAAAUGGAACCAUCCAUGAUGACCUACAAAGGUGACCUGGUUAUCUCAAUAAAGUACAUUCCACUGGAGAAUUUGAAGGACUCUCCAGAAGAGAAACAGAAAAAGAAAAAAUCCAAGGAAGGCCAGUUGUGUGUUCUGAUUAAAGAAGCCAAGAACUUGACCGCUGUGCGGGCUAAUGGCUACUCCGAUAGCUUUUGCAAAGGGUACUUGUUACCAAACAAAAGCUUGAAACAGAAGACUACAGUAGUAAAGAAAAACUUGAGCCCCAAGUGGAAUUAUUUGUUUACUUUUGAGGGCGUUGCCUUUGAAGACCUGCCUGAUCGUAGUUUGGAGCUGACAGUCUGGGAUUACGAUCGCUUCUCCAGUAAUGAUUUUCUGGGAGGAGUCCGGUUGAACAUCGGUACAGGCCGGAGUAAAGGUAAGGAUGUGGAUUGGAUGGACGGGCGUGGUGAAGAGAUAUCUGUCUGGCAGUCAAUGAUUGACAAACCCAACACCUGGGUGGAGGCUACGCUCGCUCUCAGGCCAAAUAUGGAUAAGGUGGAGUGAAAGGGGCACUCUCCCAGGGGGGCGUCCUCAGUGUUGUAAGGCAAGCACUGGGCUUCAGCAUUUCCUCAUGAUAAUGCGCUAUGUAACUUAUAGGUCAUACCAUGCUGGAGAUUGUCGAUAUCUAAGUACCUUUAUAUCUCAAAUACUUGCUCACUUUUUCCAUGGAUAUACAUGUACUGUGGUGCUUCCACCUUUGACUUGUCAUUAUUUUUACUGAUUGGCCAAAAAAAAAAAAAUUCAAUCACAUACUCUGAUUCAGUGAAGUCUUCAAAUUUUGUAUCUUAAUUAGGUCUGAUUUUAACAGAAAUUUUAAUAUCUUUGCAUCAGUAGUUCAAUCAAGAAACCUUAUCACAUACUAGGGUUCUUUGAUCUGAAUUAACUUCGAAAUAAGCCAGUUUCUACAAAUACCAUGUGUGGAAUGGGAGCGAGGACACACUACAAUAAUACAAGUACUCCCCCAAGCUACAUGUACAUGUUCACAGUGUAAUUAGCUGGGGAACAGUUUGUUGUUAAAACCACUGAAUUAGAUUUUUAAUUGAAGUGUACCUUUUUUGCUUGGGUCAUUCGAAAGUUAUAUGUGCUCGGGGAUAUUUUGAACAAAUUUAAAAUCCUAUAUAGUGUUGUACCCGAAGUUCAGUAUUGCUUAACAAAGUUACUGUUUUAUUGGGCAGAAAAUGUCUCAAAUAGCGCUGUCACUUCUCUGUUAAGAGGUCAUAGUUCUAUAAUUUUGUGGGACUUUUGUCAUCAAAACUACCUUUUUGUGCAGCUCCCAUAUCCAAAGAUGCUUUUGUGAGGAACUUUGGAUCUCAAAUGUGCCUUUUUGAGAGACUACUGACUUCCAAUGUGUCUUAAGAGAAACUUUCAACUUUAGAUUUAUGAAUAUGAAACAUUGUUGGAGAAUAGUCUUCCGGAGAUAAAAAUUAGCCAUGAUGUGUCUUUUUACAUGGCAUGAAUUUUUCAUGGAUGCCCAUGGCUUGUGUUGUAUUGUCUUUAUUGCACUUCAUGUCUUGCAGCCUUCAUUUCAUUAUCAAUUUGUUCUUUGUACUGUUGAAUUUAGUUCCAUUAUCCAUUUAUUCGUUGUCCCUUGCCUUUUUGCUUCCAUUACUAAUUUGUACUUUGAUCCGUUAAAGGCUAUGUGUUUUUCUUGUUUCUUACGCAGUUUUUUGUCACAUUUGAAAACAUUUCGAUUCCAUUUUGUUAACUGAGUGUUUAGUGCUAGCUUAUAAGAUAUAUUUUAUAAGUAUUUUACAGGCCUUUUGCCUCUUUAACAAUUUCACUGUCUAAACAUACUGUAAUUCAUUGUUUUUUAAAAACCAUGUCCUGUUAUAAUAUUUUAAUGUAAAAAUUAAUGUAGUCAAAUGUAGUAUUUGUUCAGUAUUUA